AUGGUUACCGCCUUAACUACCGUUACCCGAGCAGCCCUUCAGAACGCUGAGCGCGUUCUCCGCCAAUGGCAUUCCGACACGUCAUCACACGGCGGCGGAAGCAGCGCGAGCAGCCGACCCUCCUCCCGCAGCAGCACGCGCUCCGCGUCCUCCCAGACUCCCAGUGACACGUCAACAGCAAGCCUCCGCCUAUGGGAAGGCUCGAGCGUCCACGUGGACGCGUACCUGCAAGCCCUAGAUUCCAUCCAAUCCGUGAUCGACACGUGCGAGUCGGGAAGAUACGGUGGAAACAGCAGCGAAGCUGCCGAGAUGCUUCACAGAGCUAAGUGGUUUGCGGCCGCGGCGCGGCCGUGGUUAGAGCAGGGAUUCUGGUACGUCCUUAAAGCGCAUUCUAAGCCGCUAGAACCGGAGGCGGUUUACCAAGCCGCGUCGAAGAGCCGAACGGGCGGCAGCAGCGCCGGCAGCUUCGGCAGUGGGAGGGGGUCCAAGGGAGGCUCGGACGGCGGACCGUACCUGAUGCAGCCCCAUGCUGCAGUGCAGGUUCGGGAGGUGGCUCGGCGGAUGGUGCAGGCUGGUUUGGGACAGACGUGCCUGGAGACUUACCGCGCAAUUCGGAGGCAGGCAUUGGAUCGAACUCUCGAGCAGCUGGCAGCGGGGCAGUUCCGCCCCGAGGACAUGGGGGGCGUGCGGUGGGAGGCGCUGGAGGAGCGCGUGAAGGCGUGGAUGCAGUUCGCGCGGCUGGCCGUGCGCGUCGUGCUGCUUGCUGAGAGAAGGCUGUGUGACUCCGUGUUCCAAGGGCAGGGGAAUUUGGCGGAGAUGUGUUUUCACGAGGUGGCGUCAUCCGCGGUGCGAUUCAUAUUCGCCUUUGCCGAGGCCUUUGCUCUUGACAAGCGCCUGGCGGAGCGGCUCUUCUCCAUGCUGGACCUCUAUGAGAUCAUGGCGGGCCUGAAGCCCGACUUUGAUGCUGCGUGCAAAGGCUCGGUCACUCUUGACAAGCGCCUGGCGGAGCGGCUCUUCUCCAUGCUGGGCCUCUACGAGCUCAUGGCGGGUCUCCGCCCUGACUUUGGUGCUGCUUGUAAAGUGAGAGUGGCGCUUCAGACAUCCACCACCCUCCCUCUGCUCCCCUCCCCCCAUGGUGUGGCAGGGGACGGGCCCUGCACGGGGUUCAGGGACGACUUCACUUUGGUGGUGACUCGCCUGGAACACGCCAUCAAUGCCAUCCUCACGCACUUUGAAACGGGCAUCGAGAGCGACGUGUCAGACAUCCCCGCCACCGCCACCAUCCACGGGCUCACUCGCUACGUCGUCAACUACGUGAUUCUGCUCUACGAAUACCGGGACUCGCUUGAAAGGCUGUUCAAACGAGGCGAUGCUGCUGCUGCUGGGAAGAUUCACAAGCUGGUUGCUUCGAAGAAGAAAGGAGGUGGGAGGGAUGGGAGUGGGAGGGACGGGGGGAGGGGAGAAGGCGGGUUGGACACGCUGAGUGCGUCGAGUGGGAGUGAGAUGAGUGGGAGUGGCGGGGAGGGGAGUGGGACAGAGGGGAGUGAGAGUGAGAGCGAGGAGGAGGACGAGGAGGAGGCAAGGAGGCGGGAGCAGGCGAGGAAGGAAGCGAGGAAGGGGUUCAGAGGGGCGGGGGUGCCGGAGUAUGCAGGGCUUGGGCGCAAGGUGGUGUGGCAGCUGGCGGUGUUGGAGAAGAAUUUGCAGGGCAAGGCGAGGCAGUAUAGGGACCCCGCUCAGGGCGAGGUGUUUCUGCUCAACAACAUCCACUACAUGGCUCGCAAGGUGAAGGAGUCAGACAUGAGGGUGGUGAUGGGGGACGACUGGGUGAGGAGGCAGGCAGCGUUGGUGAGGCAGCACGCCAGCGAGUAUCUGCGCUUCUGCUUCUCCCGCCUCUCCUAUACUCUCCGCAUCGACCCCUCCACUCAGCUGCACAAGAGCACGCUCAAGGAGAAAUUCAAGGCCUUCAACAUCCUGUUGGAGGAGAUUCAUCGCGACCAAACGCGGUGGCUGGUCAACCCAGGCCCGCUGCGAGACGAAUUACGUCUAGCGGUGAAGCAGCGAAAGCGCAUGGGGCGCGGGGAGGCGGCGGACGGGGGACAGCGCCGGCAGCAGCAGGAGCGCGCGAUUGCUGACGUCAUGGGGACGGGAGAGCUGCGCGCCGCUGUGGUCGACGUGGCGCGCGCUCUCAUCGCGGCCGACGCGAACGACCCCGGUACGGGCGGUAACCGUCGUUGCGCGCACGGCGCACGGCGCGUGCCGCAUGGCGCAUCAGACCUCUCCCCUCAGUCCUCCUUCCCCCCUCUUCCUUCUUCCGCGCACCCGUCAUGCGCAAUUCCCGCUUUCCCGUCUUUUAUGCGCCCCCACGCCUUCCCGCGCGCCCUUUUUUCCCCCUAUUCAGCUGCGGCGGAGCGCGCGCAGCAGCGUAGGCUGGCGGCAGACAUGGCGCGCGCUAUCAUUGCGGCGGAGCGGGCGGCGGCGCGCGUGAGCGAGGGGGAGCGCGCGGAGCGGGCGUUCCGCAGCCUGUGGUUCGACUUCCCGUCCGCGCAGCCCCGCGAUCUGGCUGCGCUCGCUGGCGCUAUCAGAAAGCAAGUGGACCUGAUUCCAUCCACAGGCAGCAGCAGCGCCACCACCACGAGCUACACCAGCAGCGGCACCACAAGCAGCAGCAGCGGCGCUCCCUCUUUCCCCAUCACGAGCCGGUUCCUCUCAGGCCUCUCAUACGUCGCAGCCUCUGCACUCAAGGCACAGCCGGACAGAAGCAGCCCACUGCCCAGCAACUCAGCUCCAGCCGUAGCAGCAGGGGAAGGGGAGGGAGGGAGGGAGGGACCAGGGGGGGCAGCAGGGGUGGGGGGAAGGGAAGCUGGAGCGGUGGAGGGUGAGGAGCAAGGGGAAGCGGUCAUGCAGCUGGCAGACGCUGCUGCUCAGAUAGCCGCUUCUCUCCUGGUGAAGCUGCCCGCAAACUGUUUCAAGCUGUCCGGCGAUGCUGGAGUAAAGGCGUUCGCAGCUGCCCUCUCCUCCUUGCACCUCGACCCUCCGGAGCUUCCCGCCCCUCCUGCCGAACCUCCAGCCGAACCUCCGGCCGAACCUCCUACCGAACCUCGGUCAAAUGAAGCCAGAGCUUUGGGCAACGAGGCUGGUGAGACGGCUGAAGUAGGACCAGCUGUACCUGAAGCAAAUGGCAGCAGCCCCAGCGGUGCCAUGGUCGUUGCUGGCGACGUUGACGGUGUGGGCCAUGCAGAGGGAGAGACAGAUGAUCACACGGACUCAGACGAAGCAUCUGAUGCAUCGGAUUGGCUCCCCCUGGAAGACGAAAACCUCACAUCGCCUCCCACUCUAGACCACCACCACCAUCAGCAUCACCAGCAGCCGCAGCAGCAGCAGCAGCAACGGCACCUAGAGGAUUCCUCUGAUUGGUCAGUUCUACUUGCGAAAUGGGCGGCAUUGGUCGGCAGCUUGCAGGGCGUUCUUCCCGGUAGCGCUGACUCAGUGUGGGGCCAGGCGGGGAUGAUUGAUGACGUGGCGGGGCUGGCGGUGCUGAUAGGCGGACAGCCAAUCACAGACGGACAUCCAGAAGGGAAGGUUGGCAGCCAUACAAAAGGCAGUGGGGAUGGGGAGGGGGGUGGGGGUGGGGGUGGGGAUGGGGAUGCUGAUGGGGAUGGGAGUGGGAAUGGUGUUGUGGAGAAGGGUGUGGGUGGAGAUAAGCGUGUGGCAGAGAGAGGAGUGGGAUGCGGUGCAGUGGGUGGCGAGGGUGCAUACCCCAUGCUGCUAUCCUUCUACCUGGACCUCCUCUCCCUCAGACUGUUGCACAUCUGCUCUUCCUCCUCCUCCUCCAACCCUGCCACCGGUGCCAAUGUGAUAUCACAGACAGUAGAAGCCAUUCACACUGCUGCCUCCUCCCCUCGCCUCUCCCUCCCUUCUUCCCUCUCCUCCCCCUCUCCACUCUUGAUCACUCCUCCCUUCAAGCCAACCCCCCCUGCCCUCACUGCUACAGCUACCUCUCUCGCUCUCCUCUCUACCCUCAUCUCUCAGCUCUCUGCCUCAUCAUCCCAUAACGCGUAUGCAGCUAAGGGGAAGGACGAGCGUGGGGGGAAAGGGGGAGCCAGAGCACCAGGCCUGGCAGGAGGUUCGGAGGAGAAGAUGGUUCGGCGGAAGGUUUGGGUGGCUGUGAACGCGUUUUGCCCUGGGUUGGGGGAUCUGGUGCAGUGGGCAUCAACCAAUCACGCAGCAGCAGCAGCAGCAGCAGCAGCAUCAACAAGUGCCAAAGCAGCAGCAAGCGCAACCACUGCAUCGGCCACUGCUCAAGUCUCAGUGCACUUGCAGCGAGUGCUGCUUUUUUGGAUCCAAUUCGCUGCCUCCUCUGCGCCUUCCCCUACUGUUGCACGCACCGUCGGUGACUCAGCCAUUAAGUCGGGCCUGUGUCGAGCCCUGGUGGCAGCACACGCUUCCCUCGCACCACACAAGCCAAACCCUCCAAAGCCUACCACUACACAGCCACCCACAGACACACACACAGCACCACCACCUCUCACUGAGUCCCGCUUCGCAACUGCGUGGCAGUGGCUUGACACGGCUCUCCUGUUCCUCUCUGCUUCAUCUCCAGAGGUUCGGACCUUUGUCUCCAAAGCACUGCCCCUCCGAGCCUCUUUUCCAUUCCCACUCCCUCCGCCAAACCAACUGCCUUCUGCCGAGCCUGGACGUCCGGCACCGGUGCUGCCUGGUUCGGUUGCCGAAGCUGACUGGGUGUGGCCAUUGCUGCUGGAUUCGAACUGGACCCGAGCUGAACAGCCCUUGGCGUGGCUGCUAGAUUCCCUGGCUGUGACUAUGGAGAAUGUGCUUACAACGAAGGAAGAUGGUGGUUCGGAAAUGAUGGGUAACAAGAACGGCUUUGGCUUUACCCUGGAUGUUGCCACCUCAGCUUCCCGCACACUCACCCUCCUCCUCAGCAUCCUCCACGUCAGCAGCCACCUGGCACCUCCCAGAAGCGCCACGUCAGCACCCCCUAUACUCCCCAAAGGCGGCCAGCUGGCAUCUGCUGUUGCCCGGUGUGUGACUCUGCUGGACCUGGUGAAGGCAGUGCAGGCAGAGGUGGGCGGUGGGGGUGCUGCCAGUGCUGGCAGGGGCAAGUGUGACUGA